AUGCUCUUCUUGUGCUUCUGCGUGCCCCUCGCCUUCCUUGCUGCUUCCGUCGUGGAGCCGCGGCUCGCGCUGCUGCUGCAGCAGCAGCUCUUUCUCUUCCUUUCCUUUUGCUUCUUCCUCAUCUUCUGGGUCUUCCAAAUUGCUGCAGCCUCCCGCGCCGUCAAGCAGCACUUUUCUCUCCGCCUUUGCCUUUGCUGCCGCGUCUUGCUGCAGGCGGCUCGCCUGCAGUCUUGUCUGCGCCAGAUCGCCCAAAUCCCCGGCACCACCAGCACCAGCACCAGCACCAGCAGCAGCAGCAGCAGCAGCAGCAGCAGCGGUUUCGCGCUGCUGCUGACCCCCGCGGACGCCGAGACCCUCUUCUUGGUCGUCCCCGAGUUCUUCCUAUUUGCUGCUUUCUGCCUUCUCGACUCACAACCAGACCGCCGUGCUGCAGCAGCAGCAGCAGCAGCGUCGCCAGAAGCAGCAGCAUCGCUCUUCAGCCGCCUCACCUUCAGCUGGACAUACACCCUAAUCAAAAAGGGAGAGCAGCAGCCGCUGCAGCCCAGCGACGCCUACGAGCUGCUGCCCAGACACACCUCUCAGUAUCAAACACAGAAGCUCAUGGCUGCUUGGGCUGCUGAGGAGCGGCGGCUGCAGCAGCAGCAGCAGCGGCAGCAGCAGCAGCAGCAGCGGCGCGCAGCUCAGUCCACCGCUGCAGCAACGCGCAGCACAACUGCCACUCCUUUGAGCUGCCUUUCGACAGCAGCAGCAACAGAAGCAGCGACGGCGCUGUUGUCGGACUCGGAGCGAGACCACAGCAGCAGCAGCAGCAGCAGCUGCAGCAGCAGCAGCAGCAGCAGCAGCAAAGUGAGCCUGCUGCGCGUGCUCGUGCGCGCUUAUGGCCUCACCUGCUUGGGCUCUGCCUUUUUAAAACUCAUUUAUGAUUUGCUGCAGUUCGUUGGCCCUUUGGUGUUGAAGCAGCUCAUCCACUUCCUCCAAACCCCCGAAGAAAA